AUGUCUUCCAUUUUUUGCUGCUCUUCUCCAUCUCCGUACCGGCCAGCCCAUCUAACGCACGAGGCCAAGUUCUCCCCAUUCAUCGCUUGGGCCAAAGGAACUGGAUCAUCUCCCUCGGCUGUUUCCGCUUCGUUCUUCCAGGGUCCGGAUAAAAUGCCACCGUACGCAAUCCAGUUUGUUCGACAAAUCAAUUUUGGUGCCAUCGAGGCCAAGAAGUACUUUGUUCCGUACUCCGAAGCACCUGGGGGUCGGGUGGAUUUUGUGGAGGUUACCGAGCAAGAUUUGAUCGCUUGGAAUUUCCAGAAGCUCAAUUCAUAUAAGAAUUUCAAGUGCACUGCGCACAACAAGUUCUUCGAGAUCAAUCUGUACCAGAAGGACCCGGUUAACCAGCACCACUGGCGAUUGAAUAUUGCUCGCCCAGCUAGUGAGAUUGAUCUUUAG